AUGGCGCUGACACGCGUGGAGCGCUUACAUACACCCGUAUUAACGGCCGGGCUGGCCCUGCGCUUUCCCUUUCACCACCACCCACCCCUGCCCGCCCUUCCCUCCACAUCGACGUUCCGCGCCCCCGCUGUGCGCUGCCAGCGUCGACCCGCAUACUAUAGUCAGUUGCUCCACAGCGAGACAAGGGGCCCCGGCGCGUUCAGCAGCCUCGGCGUCCUCCCGCGGCGCACCCCGCCCACUUCAGCGAAACGAUUCCACUUUCGGGCGGACGACGAGGACGGGAGCUCGUCGAGCAGCGACGAGCAGCCGGUGCUGUCGACGACGGCGACGACGGCGAUGCCGGCCUGGGCACAGCCAGCGAAGGGGCGGGAGACGGACGAGGAGGACGGCCCGCCCCCGCCGCUCCGGCUGCGCCAGCUGCCCUCCGCUCGCCCAACUCGUCGUUCAUCGGCGUGCCCUUCCCACGCUCCGGCUCCCCCCGCGCCCACCACCCCGCCGAUCCCGGUCCGCCCCGCGCUGCCCGGGCGCGCGAGCAGCCAGCCCGUGAUCCUGCUCGCGAACGGGAAGCCGCUCAAGUCGAGCCUCAAGUCGAGCCGCAGCGCGCCGCACGUGCCUUCCCACCACCUGCGGGCCCGCUCGGCGCCGUCCACGCCCGCGCUGUCCCCCUCGGGCACGGGCACGCCGGAAGAAGUGGAAGAGGAGCACGACCCCGCCGCGUUCGCUGCCGCGCUAGGCAUGGAAGGCGAGUACGUCGAGAGCCCGAGCACCCCGAAGGCGGUGCACUUCCCGCCGCCGGACGACGGGCUCGAGACCGUGCGCGUGUUCAAGCGGACGGCACGGCCCGCGAGCGUGAGCUUCCCGCUCGGCGCGGAGGACGAGACCGAGACCGAGACCGAGACGGACAGCGGGGUCAGGUGGGUGUCCGCGGCUGUGGCGGGGAGUGGGAGGGAGGGCGGGAGGAGGACGGUGUCGAGCCCGUUGAACCCGAGUCCGAGGAUGGCGGAGGAGAGGAAGGAGGGAGAGGAGUGGCGGUAUGUUGUCGACGCGCCGGGGAUCCCGCGGGCGAGGGACGGCGCGAGCAUGGUUGUGCUGGAGAGCGUCAGCUUGGAGACGCCCCCCGGCGAGCUCCACCUGCGCGGCACGCUCCUCGUGCGCAACGCCGCGUUCGAGAAGCACGUGUUCGUGCGCUUCACGCUCGACGGGUGGCUCACCACGAGCGAGGUGGCCGCCAAGUACCUUGCAUCCACGCCGUCCGGCGACCCCGGGCCGGGGUGGGACCGCUUCGGCUUCUCGAUCCGCCUGACGGACUACGCGCACGUGCAGAAGGGCCGCGGGCUGGUGGGCCGCGAGCUCGAGAUGGUGGCGCGGUUCUGCGUGCCGUGGGUCGCGGAGGGCGGGGCGGCGCCGUAUGUGUGGUGUGAUUCAGAAGAGCCGACAGAGAAGGAGAGGGAAAGAAGGUGGAUGGGGACAGGCGCGCCUGGCCCGGGGGAGUGGUGGGAUAAUAACGGGGGGAAGAACUAUCGCGUUGGGUUCCGGGCGGAGACGGCCACCGCGCCGGCCCCUGCGACCACCACGUCUCCCGCGCCCGGUCCGCCGCCGGCGUCCGCGCCGCCUUCUGUCCCGACGUCGACGAUCCCGUUCCCACGCUCCUCGCCGCAGUCCGCAUCGCCCCUCCAGCCCCACCUCACGCUCCCCGUGGCCAUACCGCCGCCGCCGCCGCCCCCGCCACGGACGGCGCACGCCCAGGCGCUCGCGGCGAAGCUCGGCCGGCUGAGUCUGCGGAACUACGCCGCGCCGACACCUGCGCCGAGGCCGAGUUCGUGGGCGGGGUUCGUGCAUUCGAGUCCGCCACGUGAGCAGUCGAGCCCGCCGCGGCUGUCGCCCCUGGUGAUCAACGAGCCCCUGCCGGCUGCGAAUGCCCAGGCGGGGGUCGGGCUGUACUGGCCGUGGGGCCGGACGGCGGUGGCCCCGGAAGUGGUUGUCACCGAGGUGCCCGAGGAGGACGAGUCGGACUCGGACCGCGAGGGAGAUGGCAACUCGCUGCUGGCGGAGCGGCGGGAGGAGGAGACGCCGCCGACGUCGCCGCUCGGCGCGCGCGGGCUCGCGGGGCUGCUUGAGGCGGGCGACGGCGCGGGGAAGGCGGAGAAGGAGACGGAGACGGAGGUGCGCGGCCCGCCGACGGGCGCGGAGACGAGCAGCAGCGUGUACCGCGCGUUCGUGCAGCAGUGGUGCUUCGCGGGCGCGGGGUAG